AUGUCGGGUUAUUAUCCGCCCCCUCCUGGAGCUGCUGGAGUCAUACCCUCCUCCUCCCAUGUCUGCUCCCCCGACCCAGACCCAGUUCCAGCAGUAUCCUCCGCCGCCAACAAGCUAUCCCCCCCUCCCCAGGCUGCUCCCGCUCCGACACCUCCUGCCAACUCGUCGACUCCUCAGCAGUAUCCCCCUCCCCCUCAGCUAUCGCAAUAUCCCCCUCCUCCGCAGCAGCCCCAAGCACAAUAUCCCCUCCUCCGACUCAGCAACAGUACCCCCCUCCUCCUCAACCGCAGUAUCAGCCUGCUCAAUACCCCCCCUCCCCCUCCUCCUCAGCAGUCUCCGACGCAGCAGCAACAACAAUAUCCCCCACCGCCCCAACCUCAGGCCUUCCAGCAUGGCGCUCUUCCUUCGCACGUUCGUACCGCAUCUGUUGCGACCGCCGGCUCCCCAGCCCCUCAGCCGCCCUUCUCACCCCCUCCUGCAUAUCCUGGACAGCCUAACGACAACAGCUAUCCAGAUGAAAAGAAGAUGCUUCAGCAGCAGGAGCAGGCCCAGCAACAGGCUGAGCAGCAGCAGCAGCAGCAGCAGCAGCAGCAAGCUCAGCAAGCUCAGCAGCCCCAGAUGCAGCAACCUGCUCCUCAGCUGCCUGCUCCAGGCCAAGUGACCCCGGCGGCCACUCUGCCCCCUGCUCAACCGGCGGCCACUCUGACCCAGCAGCCCCAAUUCGUGGGAGCCACGUCGACAUAUGUCGAUGAUGUGGGCACCUUCAACGGCGGCAGCUAUCGCAUCAGCCACCGCGACAGCAACACAGUGCUGACCAUCCAGUUGGCCGUUGGCUGUCCCAUCAAUGCAAAGCCGGGCGCCAUGCUUGCCAUGUCCCCCAGCGUGCAACUCAAGGGUCACUACAAGAUUACCGUCAAGAAGUUCUUGGCAGGAGGUGAUAUGGGCACGUCGACAUUUACGGGACCCGGUGAGGUCCUCUUUGCACCGCAUAUGUUGGGCGAUAUCACCAGCUUGAGGCUCAACGGCGGAAACGAGGCAUGGAGCGUUAGCUCGGACGCCUAUCUUGCGUCGACACAAUAUAUUGUCAAGGAUUAUAAGCGUCAGGGUCUGAGCAAAGCUAUCUUCAGCGGAGAGGGCCUGUGGGUGUACAAGAUCACGGGCACUGGUCUGGUGUGGUUGACUAGCUUCGGUGCCAUCAUUCGGAAGGAUCUGGCGGAAGGCGAGCAAUACAUCGUCGACAAUGGUCAUCUUGUUGCCUGGAACACCAAGUACACUAUUGAGCGUGUCGCAUCAGGUGGUCUCAUCUCAGGCAUGGCUGCUGGAGAGGGUCUGGUGUGCAAGUUCCAUGGUCCGGGCACUGUCUUCAUCCAAACCAGGAAUGCGAAAUCAUUUGCUGCGUACAUUCAGGGCCAGCAGCCAGCUGCGUAG